AUGGCACCAGCUAAAAAGAGUCCACUUAGUACAGAGAAAGCCUUAGCAUCAGUACAAUUGUAUAUGCAACAGCAAUACCGACCAUAUUCAAUAAGCGAUAUCCAAUUAAACAUGCACAAUGUUUUGACUAAACUGAAGUUGAUAGCAGUAUUAGACACCUUAGUUGAUAAUCAACAGUUGGUUUGCAAAACAAUCGGAAAGACAUCAUAUUAUGUAUACACAAAGCAAGAGUGUGUUUUGGAUAGCAAACCCAAGAGUGAAACAAGUGAAUGUUUGAACAUAAAAAUUAAAGACUUGAAACAAGAAAUCUGUCAUUUGAAGUCAAAAUUACAAGAAAUUGUUUCUACUCCUACAAAUGAAGAGUUGGACAAUUUAAUAAAAGUACAUACAAAGGAGAUAGAAAAACUAAGUUUGGAGUUGGAACACUCGGCAAGCAAUUUUUCGGUAACUGACGAUCCAAAUGCAUUAAAGAAGUACGUGCUUCAACUAACUAAAGCAAAAAAGGACCGAAUCGCCAUGUUUAAUAACAUUGUUUCGACAAUAAAAGAAAUUACCGGACAAACAGACAUCUUGGAUGCCUGCGGUAUUGAUGAAGACGAGAUGAAAAAGUUCAUUUAA